AUGUGCUCCAACACCACCAAAGCCAGCAGCAAACCCGGGAAGGGCGGCACAACCCCGGUUGGCGUCUUAGGGUCUAUCAAGCCUAUUUCCCUGUGGUCCCUCUUGGUGACUCUGGUGAUCCUGUUCAUCCUGACCGGGACGAUGCUGGGUCCAGACCUGAUGGCACACAUCCCUGCCUCUGUCUACGCCAUUGCGGUGCUGAUGCCUCUAGCGGGUUACGCCUUGGGAUACGGCUUAGCCACCCUCUUUAAAAUGCCCCCGCACUGCAGGAGAACAGUGUCUUUGGAAACAGGCUGCCAAAACGUCCAGCUCUGCACCGCCAUCCUAAAACUCACCUUCCCCCCGGAGCUCAUAGGGAGCAUGUACAUGUUUCCCUUGCUUUACGCCCUUUUUCAGUCCGCAGAAGCAGGGCUCUUCGUGCUGGCGUACAAGAUGUACGGGAGAGACAGCUACAAACAAGACACGCUGGGGGAAGAGGAAGACACCGAUAUUUCCUACAGGAAACUGAAGGAGGAGGAGGUGGCCGAUACUUCGUACGGCACCGUGAUCACAGAGGAGCGCAACUCCGUGCAGAUGGAGCCGACGCAGACGGCGCUUUAG